UAGAAUGGAGAAAUCACCGUAUGCUGUAAAAGGGUUCAGCGAUGAACCUAGCGUUUCCACAACAACGGUGGUAAAGGGGGGAUUCAACACCAAGAAGUUGGUGCUGAUCGUCGGAUCAGUUAUUGCCGUCGGAGUUAUUGCAGCUGUCGGUGUUGGGGUAGGCGUCGCCGUCCUCAAUAAAGAUGAUGCAUCGAACGAGGGAGGAGGUACGACGCCGUCACCAAAAAGAGACCCUAUUGACGGUGAAUGGACACACUGGGACAAGUGGUCUGACUGUUCAGUAACUUGUGGAGGGGGAACACAAGUAAGGAGGCGAACAUGUGGUGCCCCUCCCCCGUUCUUUGGAGGAAAGGUCUGUCCUGGGAAAGAUAUUCAGACUCGAGAAUGCUCGAAAUGGAAUUGCCCAGAUUGUGGUAGAGUCUGUCCCACUGGUGGAACACUUUCGAAAGACUGUGACGUGUGUCUUUGUCAACAAGAAGUUUUGUUCGGGACAGUUCGUGACACCAACAACAUACCCCUUCAUGGCGUGAAUGUGUACUUCUCCUACAAGGAAUGGGAACCUGUGGCUACAACCAAUUACUGGGGAGAGUAUAGGGUACAAAGUCUAUGUGCCUCUGCCACUAAACUGCUGUUCAGGAAAGAAGGUUUCAUGCAAAACGAAACACUUCCCGUUUCGGUGAAUGUUACCUUCCAUAAAGCUAACGGCGUCUUAAGGAAAUAUGAGAAACCGCGGAUCACAAAACAGCCAUCGAAUAAAUAUAGAUUUGUUGGAACGAGUGCCACUUUGUGCUGCGAAGCGGAAGGGUAUCCGUCGAAGAUAACGUACUCGUGGUUGAAGAAUGGAGUUCAAGUAGCAAGUAGCUUAAGCCAAGGAACUCUUUCCUUUCCCAAUUUAGCCAACUCAGACCAGGCGCAAUACACAUGUGUCGCAGAGUCAACUGCAGGAAUCGUCAAAUCGGAAACCGUUCAAAUAACCGUAAAAGAUAUGUCAAAGGACACUUGUAAUCGUUAUCCAGUACCAAAAAAAGAGAGGUUACCCGCUGGAUGUUAUGUGUUAGUCAACGGAGCCAAGGAAAAUGAAGUAGAUAUCGGAGAAUGCGCUCAACUACCGUGCAUCACAUCGACAGACAUUGAUAACGGGACAUGUGACGAAUGGUGGCCGUCAAAAUGCUGCAAUGUCGAAACAGUUGAUAUAAUCGAGGUUACAUGCCCAGACUUUACGUAUUCAUUAAAUAAGAUUGAAGCAUGUGGUUGUAGUAUUGGGACAGUUGUUUCCAGGAUAACGGGGAUAGCCUUUGGAAUCAGAAACGGAAGUCAGGUGCCUUUUGCGCGAGGAAAAGUCUACGUCGACGGUGCUGAUACCACAUACACUAGUUCUGGUGGAAUGUUUACCUUCACAGUUCCAUUUGAAAAAAAGAGAGUAACACUCUCAUUUCAAGAAGAUAUACACAAUGAAUUUUUAGACGCAAUAAAGCCUCUUGAAAUCACACCAGGGGGCACAAUGGACGUCAAAGUUGUUUUACAGCUACGCCCUAUCCCUUCAACGUUCAACACCAGAAUGGGAAUGAGUAUCCCUAUUAAUAACUUAGAUGGAGCCGUUCCAAUUUCGACUGUUUCCAUUCCACAAGACGCUAUGUUAGAUGAAGACGGUAACAAAUUUGAAGGUGAAGCGAAUGUAUUCGUUGGCGUUAUGGACCCAAGAAAAAUGGAGGACCUUCAAUCCUCAGACGGCGAGUUUACCUCUUCAGACGAACAGGGGAAUCCCGUGCCUCUAGAGACAUUUGGAAUGUUUCAAUUUCAUUUUGAGGACAAAACCGGAAAGGGACUUUUUCUGUCGGGACCAAUAACAACGCAAAUGGAUGCAAGCUUGUUUAAUAUCUCAAACGACAAGAAUGGGAACCCGGAUUUGUCGAUGUGGCACCUAGACCCAAAUACAGGAAGUUGGGUUGAAGAAGGGAAAUUUAAAUAUGUUCAAAGUCAAGGCAGGCGUAAGUUGUUGGCUACUACUAUUGAGGGAAUUAUUGACCCAAAUAAUAUACCUGACCUAAUAUUAACCUAUACUAAAGUCACCUCAAGAAAGGUUAGACGCAGUUACCAAAUAAAUGCUGAUAAACCAGUUCAGUACCGAUAUGAAACUAUCAUCAGUAGAGACCCAAAUGCAAUAAAAGACGGCGCAUGUUUCGUGAGGGUUCGUGUAUACAAUGGCUUCAAACUUUUAAAUCCCUUGAGAGGUGUUACCGUGAGGGCAGUUACUCAAGAAUUAUCGGGACCUCGUUUCAAAGUCAAAAGUGAUGCAACUACAAAUGACCAUGGCAUUGCUUGUGUCGGAAUAUUCUGCAAUUCAAAAGUGUUUCUUUACAUACCAGAUCAACCGCAAAUGUACGCUACGGACAAACACGGUCUACCGAAUACCUACAUGUUCAAGAACAUACACAACCUAACACAGGUAGAGUUCAUAUCGGUCGAUCCUUACGUAGGUGAACAGCGAAGCAGUGACAAAACGUACAGUCCUGUGUAUGAUUAUAAACAGCUUCAAGUCUGCAUAUCUUCCGCCUCAGGAGGAUAUUUCCAAUUCGCACCAAUCAAAAAAGAAAACAGACUUGAACCAGCACUAGGAUCAUUGAAUAUACAUAACAAGAGGCAGGCCUGGUACCCACGACCAGUCAGCGAUCCCCUUCACAAAUCGUGUUUCAUAAAAAUCAACAUUAAAUCGAACAUUCACAGUUUUGAUAUAAUCACCAAGAGCUUCAUUCAGGAUGACCCCUCGCAACGUGAUGAGUAUGGAACUUACUUUACAUCUCCCUACUGGGACGAGUCCACAGAUCGCCGGUACUCAAAAGCGGCCUGUAUUGAGUUCCGAUGUGCCGGGCUAGUUGUGGACGGGGCAACGAAAACACAGAAUGUACCGACAUUGGUGUACAUCUACGUGGCGAGCGACGAAGGAGCGAGGUGCACAGUUGAUUCCAGAGCCGUUCAAGUAAACCAAACCGGUCUCGGAAACAGUUUUCUGUUUAUGGCUGACCCAAGCGAUAUGUAUGGAGAGAGAUUUGGUGUCUUCGUCAGGAGUCAACCAGCUGACGAAGUUAGGCGAAUGUGUGAAAGUGGAACAACAUCUGGUGCUGUGUCUACCACGAUGAAACCAAACAAGAAUCCUGCUCUACAGCUGACGUGUAAAGAAGUACCAAGUUGAAGUGAAUCUGUCUAAUUAUACAUAGAUUGUAUACCAAUGAUUGAC